AGGUGUAGAUCCCUGCUAUUCACAUCCACAGCACGGGGAGGCAAAGAUGUUGUGCAAACCGCUGUGGGAUGUUCCUGUCCAUUAUGUUUGCUGCAAUUGGUGUGGUUGGAGCGCUGUACAGUGUCGUUGUAGCUGCUGUUGGAUUGGUUGAUGGGCCAGGUUGCAUGAAUGAGUUUGGCAUCUGGGGCAGACCAUUCAAAAACAGCAGUGAAAGCUACUUGGGAAACUCUGACAUUUGGAACAGCUGCAAAGAGCCAGAACAUGUAGUAGAGUUUAACAUUUGCCUGUUUAGCGCCCUGUUGGUGGCUGGGUUUUUAGAAGUGGUUCUCUGUGGAUUCCAGAUGUUCAAUGGUCUCUUUGGCUGCAUCUGUGGUACAUGCAAUAACAAAGAGCAAAUGCAUUUCCUGAAAUGGAGGAAAGGAGAGGUGAGACUGCAACGUAAGAGCAGUAACCUUCUGGCUCUUUAGCAUUAGGACCAACAGAAGGAACUGUCCUCUUCUAGAAACCCCAACGGUAAUUCCAGACUAGUGAAGAAAAUACAACCUAAGAGCAGCAAUGUCAAAUUCUACUUCUCAGAAUACAGCCCAAGGCCAAAUGGAUGUAGUUUUUGUUACCGUGUAUACAGUGGUAUUUAUUGUUGGAUUAGUCCUCAACCUCACUGCACUUGUGAUUUUUUUACGUAACUCUAAGUCACAGUCGCAUACCACCAUCUACAUGAUCCACCUAGCCUUUGCAGACCUUAUUCUGGUUUGUACACUUCCUGUGCGGAUCUAUUACCAUGGGGGUUUUAAGGGUCUGCCCCAGAAAAUUCAUGAGUUUACUGGUCUCAUACUGCUAGCUAACAUGUAUGGAAGCAUCUUCCUCCUCACAUGCAUUAGCUUUGACCGCUGUGUAGCAGUCUGCUUCCCAUUGUCUUCUCGAGUUCGUGAAGGUCGCAAGAAAGCAUGGUGUGUUUGUCUGGGGAUCUGGUUUCUGACUAUAGGAACAAGCUUGCCAAUCUACUUCAAACAGGAGAAAACCAUUCCACUAAACAUUAGCUCUAAUACAGAGCAGUGUUUUGCGAACUUUCCUCAGUAUGCCACUCGAACAGUUGCUCUCACAUCCACACUAAUUGUUGGGUUUGGAAUUCCAUUAACUGUAAUGAGUCUCAGCUCAUGGGGGCUCAUCCGGGCUAUAAGUAAAAGCACCGCUGCCCAGAAUAGUGAGCUAGUAGACAGCGACAGGAUCAAGAGGAUGAUAACGACUAACUUGGGAAUCUUUCUGUGUUGUUUUCUGCCAUAUCAUUUUAUGCUAGUCCUGCUGUAUGCCUAUUCAAAACCUGAGAGCAUUCCAUGCUCACUGGUACCAGCUUACCAGUACAGCCUCAUGAUAGCCUGCCUGAAUGCAAUGCUGGACCCCCUUGCUUACUACUUCACCACAGAAACUUUCCGCAGCAAAAUGGAUGUAGAUGCUGUGCGUAAAAUAUGGCAUAUGAACAGUAACAGCUUUGACGGGAACAAUCGCUCCCGAGCCCCCCUCUCUACGUAAGCGUGGACCAUUUUCACAUUUCCGGGUUUGGAACAUGGAAGUAAACUAUAGCGGGUUAUGGUGGGGUCUAAUGGGGGCUAGGGUGAAUCCACCACAGAAACUUAAAGUGCUGCCCUAUAGUGGGGGAAACUUCUGUAAAGGUACCAUAGCAAAUGUUAUUUUUGCAUUACCGUUUGCUGUAAUAGUUAAAGACACAAUCCACCAUUAUGUUUCCACAAAGAUGCAAAUUUACUGUCACUCCCUCAGCAGAUUUAUCGACUAGUUGUCUUUGUUUAGUUUUUUUAUUCCAUGGUAAUAUAACACAAAGAAUAAUGUUAGAAAUUGGCAUUAAAUUAUAUACAUAUAUAAGUUUGCUAGAGAAAAGCACAAGCCAAAACCACAAUCUGUCAGACUAUUCAGCUUUUGACAAGCUGUAGACUAGAGCAUGUGAGCACAGUGCGCACAAAAGUGUUGCCAUGAACUUCCUUCAUGCAGAUCAAAGAAAGACUUCUUUCUCAAAUAUGCAACUUUGAAGAGAGUAAACAACUCAUUUUUUCAUAAAAAAAAAAACUCACUGGGAAGUCCCUUUAAUAUGCUAUUUCAAGCAUCAAACAUGUUGACAUGAACAUAGCAGUAUGACAAAUUAGGAUCAUUUUGAAUGUGUCCUUAGGUUUUGGAUUAGAGCAUCAUAUUGAAGUUUCUUGGCUAUAUUUAGUUUGAAGAAAUUAUUAAUUAUUAAUAUCCUUUCAGUUUGCAGUAUUGUUUUUUUGGUGGUGUUGUUUUUCGAAUGUAAAUAUGGUGUAUGUAAAAAAGUUUUUGUAUCAUAAAAUGAACUGCAAUUUAGGCAUAUGAAAGAUAAUGUUGUAGCUUUUGUCGCAAAAUGGUAGCUUACUCUGAAAUGAAUAAAAAAGGCUUUUAUG